AUGGACAAUUCCAGAAUGAACUCUUUUUUGGAGUACACAAUUUGUAACCGUGGGACGAACGCCUACUCGCCCAAGGCUGGAUACCACCACUUGGAUCAGGCGUUCUCGGGCCCCUUCCAUUCCGGACACGCAAGUGACAGCUAUAACGCUGAUGGACGACUUUACGUAGGGGGGAGCAACCAGCCAGCAGCAGCAGCACAACAUCAGCACCAGAGCGGUGUCUACGCGCAUCACCAGCAUCAAACUCAUCAGAAUGGCGUUGGCCUUACCUACGGUGGCACGGGGACUACGAGUUAUGGAACUCAGGCCUGCGCCAACCCGGACUACGCUCAACAACAAUAUUUCAUCAACCCUGAGCAGGAUGGGAUGUAUUAUCACUCAUCAGGGUUUUCAAACUCAAACGUCGGUCCUCACUAUGGCUCCAUGGCUGGUGCAUACUGCGGGGCGCAGGGAGCCGUUCCAGCCGCACCUUACCAGCAUCACGGAUGCGAAGGCCAGGACCACCAGCGAGGCUACUCACAAGGCACCUACGCCGACUUAUCGGCCUCCCAAGGAAGAGAGAGGGACACGGAACAGUCGCCACCUGGGAAGACAUUCGAUUGGAUGAAAGUCAAAAGGAACCCUCCUAAAACAGCUAAAGUGGCCGAUUACGGACUGGGACCGCAAAACACAAUCCGGACGAAUUUUACAACGAAACAACUGACGGAGCUCGAGAAAGAGUUUCACUUCAGCAAGUAUCUCACCCGAGCGCGGCGAGUUGAAAUUGCUGCCACGCUUGAGCUGAACGAGACACAGGUUAAGAUAUGGUUUCAGAACCGCCGAAUGAAACAGAAGAAGCGAGAGAAGGAGGGACUCGCGCCUGCUUCGUCCAACUUGUCUAAAGACCUCGAGGAACACUCUGAUCACUCAACUUCAACAUCUCCAGGAGCUUCUCCAAGUCCGGAUUCCUAACCGUGGACAAUAAUUUCGGGUACAUUAAACAACAGAUUCGAAAUAUAUCGUAAAGUCUAUUAAUUUAAGCAUUCCACAAUGUGCCCGAAAGUCCUUCUCGUCUUUUUUUUUUUAUGAUGGACAAUUCGUUUUAGGAAAGACUGAAGAGCAAAGAGCCUUUUAGCACAAAAAUGAACAUAGUUACACCAUCGGCUCAAACUAAAUUUCCAAUACUCCUUGGAAACGUUUGUGUGUGUUAUACAGGGUAUUUCUACUAUUAUGAUAAAUAUAAUGCACUUUCACAAUGUUUACAAGUGUCUAAACGAACCUAACUGACUUUAC